UUCGUUUAAAAGCUAUACCUCUCACCGAAACAAAAAAAGUACGAACUCUGAUCCGUAAGAGUUGCAAACCAACAGAGAUCCCUACCUCCGAUAAUCUCACUCCCACCAAUUGCUUUCUAGCCCAAAAGACGCAGCAAACCAGAAACAUACAUCCCCACAUCCUCUAACGAGUUGUCACAUUUCCUUAUAUUUUUUUUCUCUCCUUCUGUAUUGUCUUCCACCAUGGCCUUUCUUCAAUCGCUGCUUCUCCUUCUUCUUCUGCGGUUGUUCAUCAUGAUAAACGAACUGCAGCAGCACUUUGUUUCUGCAACACAUGAAACAGUAAUAUUGCCCCUCAAAGCCCAGACGCUACUCUCACCUGGUUCUGCACGAAAACCUCCUAACAAACUCCCUUUCCACCACAACGUGACCCUCACAGUCUCACUCACCGUAGGCUCGCCCCCACAGAGCGUUACCAUGGUCCUCGACACGGGGAGUGAACUCUCUUGGCUUCGCUGCAAAAAAAACCCAAACUUCCGCUCCAUAUUCAACCCACUUCUAUCUUCUUCCUACUCUCCAAUACCAUGCGCCUCGCUCGCCUGCAAAACCCGUACCAAGACCCUACUCCUACCUGUAUCCUGCGACCCGAAUAAGCUCUGCCACGCGACUGUCUCCUACGCAGACGCCUCGUCCAAUGAAGGCAACCUCGCGUACGAGACGUUCUAUAUUGGAAAUUCGCCCCGACCAGGUACGAUAUUUGGGUGCAUGGAUUCCGGUUUCAGUUCCAACUCCGAAGAGGAUUCCAAGACCACCGGAUUGAUGGGCCUGAACCGGGGGUCUUUGUCGUUUAUCAGCCAAAUGGGUCUCCCGAAAUUCUCGUAUUGCAUAUCGGGCAGUGACUCGUCCGGUGUUUUGCUUUUCGGUGAAGCGAGUUUCACUUGGCUCCGACCCUUGAACUACACCCCUCUGGUUCAAAUCUCAGACCCGUUACCGUAUUUUGAUCGGGUAGCUUACACAGUUAACCUUGAGGGGAUUAAAGUGUCGGCUAAAAUUUUGGCACUUCCGAAAUCCGUGUUUGUACCGGAUCAUACCGGGGCGGGUCAGACCAUGGUCGACUUGGGCACUCAGUUCACUUUCCUACUCGGUCCGGUUUACACCGCUUUGAAGAACGAGUUCAUUAAACAAACGAAAGGAAUACUGAGUCCUUUGGAUGACCCCAAUUUCGUUUUUGAAGGAGCGAUGGACUUGUGCUUCGGAGUCCCCUCGAGUGGAAGGAGUUUACCCCAGUUACCAGCAGUGACCUUAAUGUUCCGAGGGGCCGAAAUGGUGGUAUCGGGAGAAAGGUUAAUGUAUCGGGUACCGGGAAUGGUGAGGGGUGGCAAAUCGGUGUAUUGUUUCACAUUUGGGAACUCGGAUUUGUUGGGCAUAGAAGCUUUCGUGAUUGGCCACCAUCAUCAGCAGAACUUGUGGAUGGAGUUUGAUUUGGUGAAUUCUAGGGUCGGACUAGCAGAGGUUAGGUGUGCUCUUGCGAGUCAAAGGCUCGGCUUGGGUCUCUAACAAGUCUAACUAGCUCCUGCUAAAGCAAGUUUUAUGAGUGAUUGCAGAAUUGGGUUUUCCAUGACCCGCGUAAACUAGGACAGUACUGGAGGUGUCCAAUUAAUUAUCGGGCAGUUACUGCCUUUUUAUUUUUUUGUUUUUCUUCUUUUAAAUGAUAGAUUUGUGUGUAGAUGGUUGCAGCACCCAUAGUAUUAGGUUUGAUGAGUCAUAGCGAACUCAAGGGUUCAUGUU